ACCUCACUCACCUCCUACCUCCUCUCUCUCUCUCUCUCUCUCUCUCUCUCUCUCUGCUUCUGUAAGGCAUUGUUCUAUGCGUUUGUGAGAAAUACUGGAUUUGAAGUUUGGUGCUGGCGGUGAAUGAAGCUGUGCUAGUGUUUUUAUUUAUUUGUGUUUUUUCUCCUGGAUUUGUUGUUUGUCGGUGGACUCGGAAGUGUGUUGUUCUGCUUUUGAGCUAGAUCUGAUCUCAGGAACAGGUUGCCUUAAUUAUGUGGAGCUCUAGUUCGGAAUGAUAAAGGCUUAAGAGACUCAGUAUUGUGUCUUCAGAAUAAACUGGUGAAGAUGGAGGCAGCAAUAGAUGCCAAUGCUCCGCUCAAUUAUGCUGAGUUCCACAUUUUCCCAAGCCAAAAUAGGUAUGAGGCGUACGUAAGUUACAUGAACAAGAAAGAGAGAGUGACAUCUGGACUUCUGGAGCAUCUUUUACUGCAUUCUGCUGAACUCAAAGCUAUGAAUUCAGAAAGAUCCAAUGCCAAGUAUAAACUUAGCCCUCCAGAUGAUUCACAUGAUGUCAAAUGGUUUACAAAAUCCACAUUAAUAAGGUUUCUGCAUAUAAUUGGUUCAGCAAACAUAUUGGAUAUUACCAAUUCGUUGAGAAAUGAGAUAUCUCAGCUAGAGGAAGCCCGCAGCUUUCAUCUUUCUCUAUAUGCGAAGGGUAUAGAGUAUCAGCUACAGAGUGGGGAAUCUGAUGGCAACUACUCUAAUGGUUCGGGCUCAACUCCAAGAACUGAAGGCUCAGAUUCUUCAAAGAAUGAAUUGCUGCGGGCCAUGGACUUAAGACUCACUGCAUUGGGAGGAGAACUGACCAAUGCUUUUGACCAGGCUGCUGGUUCUAGGUAUUCUGUGGAAGAGAUGACUGAUAUAGAGAAGUUCUCGCAACAUCUUGGAUCUGGAGACUUGAGUGAUUCGUUGCGCAAGUACAUAGAAGUGAGACAAGGAACUGAGGCUGUUGAAAAUUCCAGCAGCAAACAGGUGUCGGAGAGUGACGGAGUCGGUUCAAAAGUGGGGAAUAACAAUACCACCAAAUCAUUAUCUUCAGAGACACAAGUAAGAUAUGGUGUCUCUCCAGCCAAAGUUGCACAGGUAGAGAGGCAAAGCUCUACAGAAAGUGAUGAAUCUUCUUUCUCAAGUGAGGAAGAGCAACCGUCUGCCGAACGAAGUCGCACUCUCAUAAGAUCUGCUUCACCUAGGAGGUCAGCAUCUCCAAUGCGGAGGAUACAAAUUGGACGAUCUGGAUCUCGAAGGUCUACUGCAAUAACUAUUAAGAGUCUGAAUCACUUUCCUGCCAGAGAAAGAUCAACUCUGCCUAAAGAUCCAGCUGCAAAUGAUAGUGAUGAAGAAGGAUCUGAGCAAGCACCAAAAAAACCUGAAAACAACGUGAGGAGAAUGAGUGUUCAAGAUGCAAUAAAUCUGUUUGAAAGCAAACAGAGGGAUCAAAUAGUGGAUAUUCAGAAGGCAAGGUCAUUGUUGAGUGCAUCUAUUGGUGCAAAUAAAUCUGUACUCAGAAGAUGGAGUAGCGGAAUGGGUGAAGAUUCUUCACAUUGUCCACAAGAAAGUUUUGCUGAGGAUGCUGUUACUGAGCAAAAUAGCGCUGAAAGUAGGGAAAUUGAAAAUAAUUCACCAGAAUCUGAGGCUGGGCCUGGUGUUGCUUCACAAGUAUAUCCUAUUGAGCCUUGUGGAGCAGAUGCCAAAAUAGACUCACCUGAAAAAGGAGCAUGUAGUCCAGUAGUUAUGCAAGAGGAAAUCCUUCCAACUGAAUCAACUGAUGUUGGUGACAAGUUAACUGCCUCAGCCGAGUGGAGCCGUCAAAAGGAAGCAGAACUAAAUGAGCUGCUGACGAAGAUGAUGGAAACUAAGCCUGUGAAAAGCCGGACUGUUGUGCCUGCUAGCAGCAAAAGACAGAGCUUGCCUUCUGAGCAUAGAGGCAACUUUUAUGAUCAAUACAAGGAGAGGAGGGAUGAGAAACUUCGGGGAGAAGCUGCUAGAAAAAAAACAGAGAAAGACAAACAAUUGAAAGCAAUGCAACAAAUAUUUGAUGCCAAGAAAUCACAAUUGACCUCAGGAAAUGCAAGUGAUGCUGGUAAAAAACAUACCAUGAAGAAGAUGCAGAAACCACAAAAGAGUGUAGCUCAACCUGCAAUUCCUAAGACUGAAAGUCCGAGACUUGGCGUUGUUAAGAAAGCACCUCCAAGAGCAUCUUCUGUGCCCGCGACACGCAAAUCGUGGCCAUCGGCGCCAUCACCGAGAGCUCCAGAGCCAUCACCUGCUAAAGCCCGUGCUGCAUCUUCUACUGGUGCAACUCCAACUCGUAGAAGAUCACAGCCUACACCAUCAGUUUCUCGACCCAGCCCGAAGGAAGAGACAUCACAAACCCGAGCUAAGACGGUAAAUUCGAAUAAGAACGAUAGCAAGAAAAGCCUGAGAACUGCUACUGAAAAUCAACAGCAGUCUGUGACAAAGCCUAGGAAAACCCCAAAAAGCAAAGUCAUAACUGCCCCUGAAGAUCUUGCUUCUGCAACAAAACCUAGCUUAUACAGCAAGGUUACUAAGAAGAGCAGUGUGGUACCACUGGAAUCAAAGACUUCUCUUCGAAGAGGUUCUGGAACUAUCAACAGUGCUAGUUCAGUUGUGAAGAAAAAAAAAUCUUCUACUCAGCCUCAGGAACCAUCGAGGAAGCCUGAAGAUCUGACCCUGGAUGAGGAAAGUUUAACAGUUUCUAGUUCUGAUGUAGUGAUUCAGAAUGAACAGAGGGAAACUGGAGAGUGCAAAAUCCACACAGGUAUGGAAUCUGAGACUGCCAUGAGAAGCCCCAAGAAAUAUGAGGACAAGGAGGGCUUUAGUCAAGUUGACCCCCCAACAGAAGAUGGUAUGGACAAGGUGAUAGAGCCUGAAUUAAAAGCUGAGGCUGAAGAAGAAUCCACCAUCUCACCCUCAGCGUGGGUAGAAAUGGAGGAGCAUGAAGAUGACCCGGUUACUUCUGGGGCCACUGCUUCCCAAAUGGUGGGUUCACCAGCCUAUAUAGCCCCAGUUGAAGCGUCAAGUCCUCGAGUUCGUAAUUCUCUGUCACAAAUGCUUCUUGAGGAGAGCACCGAAUCUGAUGUCAUUGCCUGGGGCAACGCUGAAAAUCCUCCACCGAUGGUCUAUCAGAAAGAUGCUCCCAAAGGAUUAAAGAGGCUACUAAAAUUUGCUCGAAAGAGCAAGAAUGACGCAAAUUCAACUGGUUGGUCUAGCCCAUCUGUGUUUUCUGAAGGAGAAGAUGAUACUGAGGAUUCCAAAUUUGUAAAUAAGAGAAAUGCUGAAAAUCUACUGCGCAAAGCAACCCUUCAUUCCAAGAACAACAGCCACCAGAAAGUUUCCAAUGAUUAUGAACACCCUGCUCAAGCAAAUAUCAGUAAGUUCAGUGCUCAGAGUUUAUCCCAGCAGUUACAGGACGGCCAUGUUUCAGCUCCCAUGAUCACAACCAAAGCAACAAGGUCAUUCUUCUCUCUUUCAGCAUUUAAAGGCAGCAAAUAGGAGAUGGAUCCAAGACAGAAAUUAACGUUGUAUGCUCAGCCUGGAACUCUACCUCAGCAUGUGACCUGCUACUAGUGCAUUUUGUUUGAAGCCAGCGCUGACUUGUAUUUCUUUUUCCGUCAGGCGCUCGAGAGUUUUGUGCUCCAAACAAAAUGGACUAUCCUCCUGCUGCAGCAGAUCAGUGAAGACCAGGUAUAUCUGUAGAUUUAGCAUCUGAUUUGUUUCAAUGCACAAAUCGAUUAUAGCAUGUGACAAGAAGGAUAGAAAUUUUAGCAACUUCUGCCGAUGCAAUUCCCAGAAUUUUUGUAUUUUAUCUGUCUUCUUUGUAUCAAAUUCUGUAAUGAUUCAAAGUUUGUUUUACACAUCCAUUACUUUCUGGCUUUCUGGAUGUUCUGUUGGAA